UCCUCAUGUUUUGUUCCUUAUGUCUCUUACGUGUCUAAUAUGCUUCAGGAAACAUGACAAGUGCAGCAGAGAACUGACAUAGACCUAACUAGAAGGAAGAAAUCAUCCCUCACUGUGUAGGAAAGUGGUGUUGCCUGCCUUGGCUUUCUCUGAAUACCAAGGGAUUAUUAAACGGUGAGGGAAACACUUGGGCUGCUGGAAGAUGGAGAACAAUGUAACACAAAUCUCACGGGAGGACCUGGAGGAAUUAAGAGAAGCUUUCAAUAAGAUAGACAUUGAUAACAGCGGCUAUGUCAGUGACUUUGAACUCCAGGAGUUGUUCAAAGAAGCCAGGUUCUCUCUUCCAGGGUUUAAAGUUCGAGAAAUUGUGGAGAAAAUGAUGGGGGCUGGGGACCACAAUAAGGAUGAUAGGUUAUCUUUUGAAGAGUUUGUAUCGAUCUACCAGGAGCUUAAAAGCAAAGAGGUCAGAGAGUCAUUUCGUAAAGCCAUUAACAAAAAGGAUGGAAUUAGGUCAUUUGGAGGGACCUCUGGUAUAUCCAGUGAAGGAACACAACACUCGUAUUCUGAUGAAGAAAAAGUUGCCUUUGUGAAUUGGAUUAACAAAGCUUUGGCAGAUGAUCCAGAUUGCAAACAUUUAUUGCCUAUGGCCCCAGAAAAUGAGAGUCUUUUUAAGUCUGUGAGGGAUGGCAUACUUCUUUGCAAAAUGAUAAACUUUUCUCAACCUGAUACCAUUGAUGAGAGGGUUAUAAAUAUGAAGAAACUAACAACGUUUACCAUUACUGAAAAUUUGGUACUCGCUUUGAAUUCAGCUUCUGCCAUUGGCUGUACUGUGGUCAAUAUUGAUGCCCAGGACCUGAUGGCAGGAAAACCUCACUUGGCGCUGGGUCUUCUGUGGCAGAUCAUCAAAAUUGGCCUGUUUGCUGACAUCGAGAUAUCCAGAAAUGAAGCUCUCAUUGCUCUGCUGGGGGAGGGAGAGGAGCUGGACCAAUUGCUGUCCAUGUCCCCAGAGGAGCUGCUCCUGCGCUGGUUCAACUACCACCUGGCCAACGCUGGCUGGGAACCCAUCAGAAACUUCAGCGAUGAUAUCAAGGAUUCCAAAGCCUACUUUCACCUACUGAAUCAAAUAGCACCCAAAGGAAACCAUGACGAUGAAAUCAGGAUUGAUAUUGACAUGUCGGGAUUUAAUGAGAGAGAUGAGACUCAGAGGGCAGAGCUCAUGCUUCAGCAGGCAGCCAGGCUGGACUGCAGACAGUUCGUCACCCCAGCAGAUGUCAUUAAUGGGAACCAAAAGCUUAACAUGGCCUUUGUGGCCAACCUGUUCAACACCCACCCUGCUCUAAACAAGCCACUCAACAGCGGCAUCGAUUAUACUUUGUUGGAAGGGGAGACGAGAGAGGAAAGAACAUUCCGGAACUGGAUGAAUUCCUUAGGGGUGAACCCCCAUGUCAACCACCUGUAUCGCGAUCUCACGGAUGCCUUAGUGAUCCUCCAGCUCUAUGAAAAAAUCGAGAUUCCUGUGGACCAGCGCAAAGUGAACAGGCCUCCUUACCCUGCGAUAGGAAGCAAUAUGAGAAAGCUUGAAAACUGUAACUAUGCAGUUGACCUUGGGAAAAGAGAAGCUAAGUUCUCUCUGGUUGGGAUUGGGGGAGAAAACAUUAAUGAAGGCAAUAAAACUCAUACUUUGGCUUUGGUCUGGCAAAUCAUGAGAAGGUAUACUUUGAAAGUUCUUUCUGAUCUUGGGGAUGGAGCAAAAGUCACAGAUGAAAUAAUCAUUAACUGGGUGAAUGCAACUUUACAAGAAGGCAAAAAGGAGACCUUUAUUACAAGCUUUAAGGACAAGUCCAUCAGCACUAGCUUGCCUGUGAUAGAUUUAAUAGACACCAUUGCCCCCAGUGCUAUCCGGGAGGAAAUGGUGAAGAGAGGGAAUUUUUCUGAUGAAGACAAGCUCAACAAUGCAAAGUAUGCAAUUUCUGUUUCUCGGAAGAUUGGAGCCCAAGUGUACGCGCUGCCAGAUGACUUGGUGGAAGUGAAGCCAACGAUGGUGAUGACGGUGUUUGCCUGUUUGAUGGGGAGAGGCCUGAAGAGUGUCAGAAAGUGAACUGAACGUGCUUUACUCUUUUACUGCCACUCGAAGUCCACUCAAGCAUAGGGCCUUUACAGUUUCCUUCACUUUAUCACAAACAAUUAGCAUCUCUCCAUCGCAAUAUUAAAAACACUGACCACAGCAAAUCCGUUUUCUGUGUUUGAAAAGAAAUCCUAUUUUCCAUUUGUUUUUCAACUGAAAUCUUACUUUCUUAAUGAGUCAAUAUAAGGAACUACUGUAUAUCAUGAAACUGCCACUGAUAAAAACAAUAUAUUAAAUACUGUAUAUCCUGCUUUUAAUUUUUUUUUUCAUGUUGCUUUUGCUC